AAAUUGCGGAAAAAAGGCGUGCAACCCUCACUUCCACGUCAACUCUAGCUCGCGUGACAUCCUUUUGACGCACUAUGUUCAACAUACUUGUUCUUUUGUAUUCCCUGUUCAUACUGAAAGCAAAUGCCAAAGUUCUAGAUGGCUUGCGCAUAGUCAAUGGGAAGGAGGUGCCUGAACUGAAAUAUCCUUCACUGGUAUCAAUUCAAGAUAGUGGCUACCACAUUUGCGGAGCUGCGAUUUUGAACAAGAAUUAUGUUUUAACUGCUGCCCACUGCGUUGACAGUUCCAGAGACAUCGAAGACCUAAAAGUAAUCUCGUCAGUGACUAACCUCAGAAAUAAAAAGAGUCGCAAGUAUAAAGUUACGAAAAUAGAGGUCCAUGAAAAAUACAACGUUUCUGAUUUAAUUGCCAAUGACAUCGCUGUGGAGCCCAAAUUUAUUCUCCAAGACGGAGAAGCUGUCGCUGAGCUACCUGGAAAUGGAGAAACUUUGCCAACUGGAGCGAUUGCAACUGCAGUAGGCUGGGGCCGGAAAGUGCACCUAGGACCGGGCGCAACAACUUUGCAAGAAACAGACAUGAGUGUUCUGAAUUCGUGGGACUGCAGUGAUCUCAUAGGAAAAAUUCAUACAACCCAGUUUUGCACGGACAGUUCAAAAUCAGGAAUAUGCGAAGGGGACUCUGGCAGUCCACUUUUGGCUAACGGAAAAGUAUUCGGCAUUACCUCUUGGAGGGAUGGUAACAAGCCCUGCGGCCAAGGGGUUGGGGUGUACACUCAAGUGUCGUACUACCUCGAUUGGAUCAAGCAACACGCCAGCGAAUAAUUAAUACACUUUGAAGUGUGAUUUUUGUGAUUGGAAAAUAAAAGCAACGUGCGUUACUCUCCACA